GCUCUCCCUCUGACUUCCUCUCUGCAUUUCUCCCCACCCGUAAUUUUCCAUCUCUCUUUCUUUCGCUCCUCCCUCUGUCUCCUGCCUCCUUCCUGUCUGCUUGCUGGUGAUAUUGCCCAUGGGCGAAUGGGACGUCUGAAAUGGGCUACUCCCUGGUGAGAUUUCUCGUGCUGUUGGCGUGGACUGAUGGACGGCUGGUGUUGUCGGAUGCUUUUCCCCGAAAGAGACAAUAUCCUCCUGAUGAAAACUUUCAGUCUGAUCCAAGUUUAAACUCUUCAGUCGCACCACAUUCGCGAGCUGUAUCUCCAAAUACCCAGCAUCCCGAGGUGCCAGUCAGAUUGGCCAAUGGGACGAGCGAGUGCUCCGGGAGGGUCGAGCUGCUCCUCCAAGGUGCCUGGAGGCCGCUCUGCUGGGAAUUCUGGGACAGCAAGGGGGCCGACGUGGUCUGCCGGCAGACGGGCUGCGGGCGCUCGCAGUCGACCGGGGGAGGAGGCGUGGCGGGGAGCCCCGGGCCCUUCUGGGUCGUCCUGAUGAACUGCACGGGGCACGAGGGCAACUGGAGGGAUUGCCCAGGCCACGCCCUACCCGCCAAUGAACCCUGCGACCGAAACCUCACCGCCGAGGUCACCUGCACAGAGCACAAGGAGGUCCGCCUUUCUGGCGGGGACAGCCGGUGCGCUGGGAGGGUGGAGAUCCAUUCACAUGGCACCUGGGGGACGAUCUGCGAUGACUCCUGGGGCCGAGUUGCCGCCUCGGUGGUCUGCCGGCAGCUGGGCUGCGGCGAAGCUCUGAGUGCCACCAACAGCUCGAGCUUCGGCCAAGGCCAGGGCCCCAUCUACCUGGAUGAGCUGCGUUGCCGCGGCGAUGAAGCCUACCUCUGGAACUGCGCGUCGGAGCCCUGGGGCCAGCACGACUGUGGGCACAAGGAGGACGCCGGCGUGGAAUGUUCUGGGCAUCGGGAAGUGGAACUCAGCGGGGGUCCUGACCGCUGUUCGGGCCUGGUGAGGGUCCGCGACUGGGGUGCUUGGGGCUCGCUCUGCGACAAAGGCUGGGACCUGGCACUGGCCCAUCGCGUCUGCCACUACCUGGGCUGCGGCAACGCCACGAAACUUGGGCGCGUCCUACCCCUGGGGGACGUACAGACUUGGGCCGGAGCAUGCCGGGAGGCGAACGCCCAGGUACCUGCCUGCUUCAGUUCAGUGCCGCCUCAGGACUGCGAGGAACAGGGAGGGGUCUCUGUGACCUGCUCGGGAUCACUGCACCAGACAGGCUUGCCUUCAAAUGUCAGCAUCAAUGUGAUAACCACAGUAUCCACGAGGACUGAUGGGAUCCAAUCCCGAGGAGCUAACGUCUACCUCCUCAUCAUAGGCAUGCUGGCGCUGAGCCUUCUUAUUGUGACCAUCCUGUUUCUGACAAACUACUUCAACAUGAGACGAAGAAUGGUGAUGCAGCUCGGCCAACCGGGCCAUAGCGACCGAGAUAUCGAGACUAACGAUUACCGGGAAAUGCCUGCCACGCCAAGCACCAUCAGCAAGCCUCCUACACGGACUGUCCCUGUACCAGCUGCUGGUGACUUGGAUUCUCCAGACGAAGACUAUGAGGACUACCACAGUUUCGCUCCCCAGCAUGCGCUGAACUUUUCCACCUUUAUGUAUUCUGUGCGUAACCAAUCACAGCAGAGGGAUCCAGCCGGUAACAUUCCCAUGACAAUCCCAGAGGGACAGACAGGGUCCAAUCAUACAGGUCAUAGGUCGAAUGUCCCCUACAAGAGGUCAGUGAACAAUAGCAGCUCCUCGGAGGAUGAAGGGUUCCAGGUGGCGAGGGCAAACAGCGUGAGGAGGUCAUUAAAACCGAAAUCUCAACGUUGGAAGCAGCACCCCCUGUGCAAACAGCCGACAGACAGUUCCAGCACGUCCUCCUGCGAAUGGUACGAGAACACAACCAAAUUGGACUGUGCAAGCCAGCCCCAGCCUGAGCUGCUCGCUGUUCCACAGCAGAUUGGAUUUCAGAGUUCCACCAGCACUCUGCCAGUUGAAGAAUACGAGAAUGUGCAGGAUGACCAACUGAAUGUUCCGGAUCACGCAGCCUGGGAAGCACCAGUUCCAGUGGCCAGUGAGGCAGACCAACAGGGCGCAGGUGAUUCGACAGAGAGUGACUACGAUGAUAUCGAGACAUAUUUCCCCAGAUGACCAUUCUCGGGUUUUGUGGAGGUGAUUUUCAGAGGAAGCUGUGGAUUGCUGGAAGGUUUAAAUGCUUUCACCUGGAGCUUGAUGUCCCUCGCUCGCAAACCAGGAUGAAACUGACCAGGGACACUGCACAUGUGGUGCCACCUAGUCUCCAGGAGCCACUGAGCCUUCGAUCGCUGUACGCCAGCAACGUUCUCCUCCCCACAUCUUCUUCCCAGAGAGCGAUUGCCAGCCUUCUCCCUCACUUUCACCUCUCUUUCGUCUCCCCUUCUGUCUCUCAUGAGGCCCUCGUGCUUUCUCUCUCUCUCUGACUCUGUCUCUCUUCAUCUCUCUCACACUGGCCAGUCGUAGCUCCGUCCUUCGCCCUUGCCCUCAAACCCAACCUCUGCUCAAGGCCGUCAAUGAGGGUGACCUCUAGCAGUUGGCAGUGCCAGGAGGGUCUUGGUGCCAAAUAUUUACGGUGCCUGGACACUGAGGGCAGGGAACCAACGUCGGGGAUGGAUGGCCAAUCAAGUAUGCCCUGGGCUGUGCGUGGCGCAUUUGGUCCAGUGAUGAAACAGGGUAGAGCCAGAGGCCAGGCAGCAUCGGAGGAACAGGAAAGCUGACCGUCCUACCCAUUUCUGAAGCCGAAACGCCGGCUUUCCAGCUCCUCUGAUGCUGCCUGGCCCUGCUUUGUUCCUCCAGCCCCGCACUGCGUUAUCUCUGACUCCAGCGUCGACAGUUCUUGCUAUCUCAUGGGUUUGAUGGAUGCUGAGCUCGAAACGCAGCCUGACGCGAUUUAAGUUGAUUCGGAGUUAGUAGGAACUGCAGAUGCUGGAGAAUCUGAGAUAACAAGGUGGUAGAGCUGGAAGAACACAGCAGGCCAAGCAGCAUCUUAGGAUUUAAAUCGAUCCCUGUUUCGGUGAGAAGCAGUGUUUGUGCUCCCCAAAUGCAUGGAGAAAUCUCAAGCCCUGUGCUCAACAUUUGGACUCAGAGCCCAUAAAGUUGCAGGCCAUCCAGCCCCUUGAUCCAUCUCUCUCUCAUGCAAGUUCAUGAUCGAUCAGCCCCUAUUGAUGUGACAUCUGUGUUUUACCUCUGUGCCCCACCUUGUAAUCAGCCUGUUGCAGCCUAUCACUCUCUUCCUCGAGCUUCCUAAGGUCCCCUGGUGGAGGGCAUUCUGAAUAUCAACCACCCUCUGAGUGCAUCGAUUCUUCUUCAUCCUAGUCCAACCCAUCCUGCUUUUAUUCCAAGACUGUGUCCCAAUAGAUCUGGUGUCACCAGGCCAGGGAAAUAUCUCAUCCAGAUCUGCCGUGAUCCCCUGUCGACUCCCUCUGUUUCUCCAUGUGGAUCCCUCCCAUGCUUCACCGUCUGACCGUUUCUCUCUGUCACCCACCUCUCCCUUUCUCCAUCCCCCUCUGCUCCACUAUCCAGGUGUCUCUCUGCCCCUCGCUCUCACCUUCCCAAAUUACCUCGCUCCAUUCAACUAUCUCCUUCUGUCACUUUCUGUCUCUGUAUCUCCGUCUGAGCCUCACUCUUUCAGCCUUUAUUCUCACUGUUCCGCAAUUCUCUCUAUCGCUCUCACUCUCUGCCUCUUUCCUUCCCUCUGUCUCUCUAUCUCUCUCUCUCCCUCUCUUUUGGAAUUGAAUGUCUAAAUUGCCAAUAACACCCAGGGUGGUUAGUGACGGAGAAUACAGUGAUAGGGCAAGGGGCUUACGUAUGGGUAGGAUGCCCUUUGGAGAGGUAGGGGGGUGUCAAUGGGUCGAAUGGCCUGCUUCCAGAAUGUAGGGAUUGUGCAACCCAGGUUAUGGUAGGUAAAUGUGGAGAAGCUAAACUCUCUCUCUCUCUCUCUCUCUCUCUCACACACACACACACACACACACACACACACACACACACACACACACACACACACACACACACACAGAUGCUGCCAGACCCGUUGAAUUUUCCAAGCAAUUUCUGUUCCCCUUUCCAAUCUCUGCCUACAAUGGGCUUGGGGCUGAGACACCCUCAUCGAACUGUAGGCAGGGCUUACGAGUCCUCCCCCCACCCAAACCCCCACCCCCCUUACUAUCAUAUCCACCACCACAUUCUCAGAGCUGGCCACGCAGCCAUUAGAGGGAUGAACUACACUCUCAUGGGCACUGCAUGAAUGUUUUCUGUCCAACGUCGCUGAUUCUGCACGUGUGGAUGUUUUAUUAAUCAGAGAGUUCAACAAAUCAGAAAAUUCACCCCUAUCACUCAGUAACCCUGUCCCCCCCCAGCCCCCUGUGUUACUGUCCGUAUCCCUACUGAUGUUAAUCCCUCUCCCUCACACUGUCACUCAGUAACUCCUCUCCCCCAAGAGCCCUGUGUUACUGACUGUAUCCCUCCUGAUGUUAAUCCCUCUCCCUCACACUGUCACUCAGUAACCCCUCUCCCCCAAGAGCCCUGUGUUACUGACUGUAUCCCUCCUGAUGUUAAUCCCUCUCCCUCACACUGUCACUCAGUAACCCCUCUCCCCCCCA